GUUCCUACUCUGUGACACAAUUUGCCCGAAACUAGCUCCCUUUGCAACCCCACAGCCCAGAAUUAUGUGGCAGUAUAUCAACAAUAGCGCUAGUAAUCCAAAUCCGUAGAAACCAUGCGACGUGACAAAAUAUUUCUGUUAUAUCGGGUACUGGUAUGGAGGCGCAAUACGCGCACCGCCUGCCGGCAGCGCGUAAAGGUAGCAAACGGCUUCCCAGUUUACUCUCCGACACGAGGUCUUAGACGGACUUAUAAACUGACGUGGUCCUGAGAGGGUCUUGAUCUCUCCUUUCCCUUGAACUUUCAGUCAUGGAUGCUCUCAAGAGUUUACUCUCGCCGCUUACGAGCAGCAAUGUUACUAAUCCCAUCCAUGACACUCUGAAACUGGUCGUUAUUGGUGGCACAGUAGAGACGGCGAGAAGAGCAUCGGUGUCGGCAUGGAAUGGUUUCAUUGAUUCGUUCUUCCUUACCGCGCACUUCAGCCAAGAGGAUUACCCGUACGAUUGGCUCAUGCACUGGCUGUCCAAGCAACCGGCGUGGGGUCGCAGCCGCGAGUUCGACAUCACAACCCGAACUGUCAAUCGCCACGGUCUCACGCAGUCAACGAGCGGGGACCUGGAAGACGACGAAGACGACGAAUCAGAAGAUCUCGCCACCCGUAGGAAACGCAAGGUGGCUAUCAUCCCGAGCGUCGAUACCACGCAUACCAUCUACUAUCGGGGACAUUGGCUUCGCAUCACCCGAACAAAGCGCUACUCCGAUUUUGGUCAGUGUGCGGAACUGAAGAUUAGUGUUGUCGCCCGUAACAACGAUAUCCUCAAGAGACUUGUGCUCGAAGCAAAGCGUGAGUACGAAAAGGAUGCGGAACACCGCGUGCACAUUUUCAUGGCCGAUACGUUGUAUGGCGGACAUUGGCGAUGGAAUGGCGCUCGUCAAAAACGUCCGAUGAGCUCCAUCGUUCUUGAGCCGGGAGUCAAGGACAUGAUUCUGGCCGACUGCAAGGAUUUCUUGCGUUCUGAAGAUUGGUAUGUCUCACAGUCGGUAUUCAAUGACGUUAAACCGGUUAACAAACUCAUUCCCAGGUAUGCCGAACGAGGUAUUCCCUUCCGCCGAGGCUAUCUGUUGCAUGGUGUACCCGGAAGUGGCAAGACGUCGUUGAUUCACAGCCUUGCCGGGGAGUUGGGACUUGACAUCUAUGUCAUUAGUCUUUCGUCGAAAGGGAUGAGUGAUAAUACAUUGGCAAACCUUAUGGGCAAUGUACCUUCCAGAUGUAUUGUUCUUCUAGAAGAUUUAGACGCUGCAUUCACUCGGGGCGUCAGUCGAGAUGAGAAAUCGACUGGCGCACCCACUAGUGGCAGCAGCAGUAAUACUUCGUCUACAUCAACUACUACUGCGAAGUCAAAGGAAGAAACAGAUGAUGGCUCUACCCUGAGUCUGAGUGGUCUGCUAAACUCUUUAGAUGGUGUCGCCGCAGCGGAAGGACGGCUUCUGUUUGCUACCACGAACCACAUUGAGCGUCUUGACCCCGCGCUCAGCCGUCCUGGCCGCAUGGACGUGUGGGUGAACUUCAAGAACGCGACUAAGUGGCAAGCGGAGGGCAUCUUCAAGUGCUUCUUCCCCGUAAAGCCUGUUAAUGUUACUCCAACGAUUGAUCCCAAGGAUCCAACUUCUCAAGAAAAUCUUGCGGUCCCGAAGCGUCAACGUCCUUCGGUCGCUACUCACACACUCACUGAGGAUGAAGUCUGUGUACUUGCUAAGCGUUUUGCAGAUGCCAUUCCCAAUGACGAGUUCAGCGUUGCCUCCUUGCAAGGCUAUCUUCUGAAGAAUAAGACACGCCCACGUGAAUGCGUCGAGGAGGUGAGCGCAUGGAUUAUUCAGGAACGUGAGACUAAGGCGAAACUCAAGAAGGAGAAGGAAGAGCGCGAGGCCAAGGAGAAGAAAGAGGCUGAGGCACUCGCCAAAAAAGAGAAAGAAGAAGAGGCGAAGAAAAAAGCUGAAGAGGCCGCUGCUGAGUCCAAGUCAGAGGAGACAACAACUGAAGAACCGAAGGCUGAGAAACCCUCCCGUAUCAAGGUCAAGAAGGUCAAGAGCUCAGCUUCCGUGAAACCCGCCGAAAAGGUGGAAGAACCUGUUUCUACUGACUCCUCAAGCUCUGAAUCGGAGAACACAACCUCCGGCGAAGACGCAGAUGCGGAGGAAAGUGUCACCUCCGAAGAAGAAUCGACUAUCAAGGAACCCGUCGAGUCUGCUGAGAAGACUGGAAGCAAGGAGACUUGGGUCGCUGUCAAGGGGCAUCCUCCGGACCAGAGUGUUUGACAGGAUGAUACCUUCGGGAUGUAUUCCCUUCCCCAUUCUUGAUGUUUAUGCGACAGGCUCGAGUUCUUCACUUCCGUUUGUCUUUUUGAGUUCCUCGCUUCGUGAUUACGUCCUGUCUAGAACAGAUGCCUGCUAUGUCUAUUAUGCUUUGAUGCUGUCGAGUUCCAAAUGUACCGAAUAUCUCAUAGAGGUUGAAUACACGCAAUACCACGAUUAUCACGAUUUAUCACU